AUGCAUUCACCCUCUGUGCCUGUCACUCCUUUUUAUGAGCCUGAAGGUCCUCCCCAAGCCCUCCCAUUAUUGAUGUAUCACACAGAGAUGUUUUGUCCAACUAUAACAUCAAUCUCGAUAUCUUGGCAAGAAGAAAUUGUUUUCUUCCCUCAUAGUCUCCCAAGGCGAACUGCAACUCCUUUGCAUGUGUUCACUACCCCAUCUCAUGCAGUGACACCCAUACUUUCUAGCAUGCCUACUCCCAAAGUUGCCAAGGCUGUUUCAUUUUCUGCAGAGCAGAUCAGUCAGGUGUCAAUUGGUUCUUCUUUGUCAUCCAUAGCUUCCCAUGAAUCAAAAAUUCCCAAACCAGAUGGUGAGGCUGGAUGUCCUAGCCAUGGUGGAUACAACUUGGAAAUAGCACUCAAGUGGGAUGCUAGCCACUUCAAGGUGUUCAAGGAGUGCAUUCAUGCUUCAAUCCAGAAACACUGUGACACUAGCAAGAGCAAGACAUAUCAAACCCCUUCUGCAAUAAUUGCAGUCCAGACAGAGAUGUCCCACCUAACGUCUUAUCUCUUCUUGGAUGGUGCAGACGAUGAUCCCACCACCCCAGCUGUAGAGUCUUACCCCCUUAACAAGCUUUGUCCAGCAGUGGCCCUGCAUAUGUAUCCCCCCUGGCCUGUUAUCUCUGCCAGUUUAGAUCCUCGUACAUCACCACCAUCACCUGCUACAUUGCUUGGCAAAGAGUUUGGGAUGGAUUUAUUUGAUAACCCCUGGGGAAUUGCUCAUAGGAAGAGAGAUGACAAUGACCAGCCACCAAAUAAAAUAUUCCUCAAAGAAGUCAAUCAGUUGUCCAGACUGUGGGAUGAUGUGUGUGAGUUAAACUUCUCCAAGCCCAAUCUUUUGCUCUGCAAGCAGCAAAUACAGACCAAUGCCAACUCACAAGAAUCGAAUUUGCGAUCCAUCAUCAUGCAGUAUCAAGAACAUCAGGAAGUUCUUGAGCAUGGCAAAGCUGAUGCCCUCGCAUCAUUGAAUGAGAAUCAUCAUAAUGAACUCACUGACUUCCAGAUUCCUGACACAAGUUCAGAUUCUGAUAGAGAUGAGGGUUCUCAGACUUGUAUCAGGGGGGCUGUGCCUCCCCUGACUUUGCUAUUAAGUGAUGUUCCAAUCCAGAAUGCCACCAUUGGCAUGCUUGUUGAGGCACUCGCAAAGGUUCUACAGCAGACAGCAUCCCCAAGGGCAGCUCAAUCCAAACUCAAAACCCAUGAGACCCAUAUUGAGAAUUUUACUGAUGCCCAGUGCUGA